UCUCUCUCUCUCUCUCUCUCUCUCCCCCUCUUCUCAAGUUUUGCUCACCAUGGCAUUGAGAGGCGCCAUUUUUCUCCGCCCACAACCUCACCCUCCUCCUCUCCCCUCUCCCUCUCCCUACGCCCGUCGCUUCCGCCGCUCCCUCGUCGUCGUCGUCGCUGCCGCCGCCGCGAGUCGUCGGCGGCGCCCGCAAAACGCCGAUGGCGAGUUCUUCGUCGAUCACCGGUGCAUCGAUUGCGAUACGUGCCGUUGGAUGGCUCCGGAAGUGUUCGCCAGGGUUGAUGGAAAAUCUGCAGUAACGAAGCAGCCGAGUUCGGAGGAUGAAAUGAUCAAAGCCUUGCAGGCGUUACUUUCCUGUCCAACAAACUCCAUACAUAAUGAGAGACCUACCAAGAAGAUUCUAGAAGUGCAUAAGAUGUUUCCUCUUCCGAUAGAUGAAACUGUGCUACCAGGUGUCUAUCAUUGUGGUUACCACUCUGAGAAAUCAUAUGGAGCAACAUCCUAUCUUAUCACCCAUCCUGAAGGAAAUAUACUGGUUGAUUGUCCGAGAUACAAGGAGAAACUGGUACGGAACAUUGAGAUGCUUGGGGGAGCACGCUACAUGUUUUUGACUCACAAGGAUGAUGUAGGAGAUCACGAGAAGUGGUCCAAGCGGCUUAAAUGUGAGAGGAUUCUUCAUUCAGGAGAUGUAGAGGCUUCUACUGCAGAUGUUGAGAUGAAACUUCAUGGGGAAGGUCCGUGGAGCAUUGGAAAUGAUUUUGAGCUUGUCCAUACUCCAGGCCAUACAAAAGGCUCUGUAUGCUUGUAUUAUAAGCCACUGAAGGUUCUUUUCACUGGAGAUCAUCUUGCCAAAUCUGAAGAAUCUGACGAUUUAGUUAUCUUUCCAAUUUAUAAUCGUCAUUCAGUUAGCCUGCAACUGGACAGCGUUAAGAAGCUAAUCAACCUGAACUUUGAAUGGAUCCUACCAGGACACGGUCGGCGAAUCAGGUUUAAGGACAACCAAGAGAAGAAUUCAGCUUUAGAAGCCUGUCUGGACAAACAGCUUCUAUAUGCCUGACAACGGAAACAAUGUAUGUAUGUAUGUAUAGGAGUGUAUAUUACUCUGUAGUUUGAUGAAGGAAUAAGAGCUAACAAAACAAGGCCACCAAAAAGCCAAGAGAAGUUUGUGUAACUUUUUAGCCAACAAACUUGUAAUAUAAUAAUAGGCAUAAUACAUCAGCUCCACUGUACUUACCUCAUAUGUAAGAGGCAUGGAAGGUAGAAUACAAUUUUAUCUGAAACAGUGUAAGUUUUGUCGAAAUAAUGCAACUUUCGUUUCGAAAGAAUGUAAUUUUCAUUUCAAAGAAUUAAA